AUAAGUGAAAAAUAAAAUUAGUUCAUCGGUGUAGCUUGACCGGUUCGAUACGACACGUUGCUGACCGCGUGCCGAGAUUUUUCCUUUUUUUUAUUUUGUUUUUCCCCCGUUUGGUUUCGUUUCCGUUUCCGUUCGAUUCUCAGUUUAAGUUACAUUAACUUACUAGCAUACGAAGAAAGUUAGGGGCAUCGGUUCGAAAAAACGAAAUUGUGUACAAAUUGUCUAGCAAAAUUCACAUACACAUGGUUAGUUGUUUUACUUAUCAGAGUUGUUUUGUGUUUUACCUUCUCUCGAUUCAAUCUCGCUGCAGUUGCUGUAAAAUUGGUUCAUUAAUAUUGCACGAAGCGUUGUGAAUAAGGCGCGGUUAAGCCAUUGGGUGCGUGUGUUUAAUUUAGUGCGAAAAAUUGGUCAUUUUGUGUAAGUGAAAACAAAUGUGAAGAAAGGUAGUAAAAAUAAAUAAAUCGAUCAACCCGCAAGCACGCAGUAAUUGUGUGAUCUUGUGAAGAUCAGUGAAAGCUUUCAUCCGAUCGUGCGGUUCGGCUGCAUUUGUGUGGGUGCAUUGCAGUGCGUUUGUUGCAACGCAUCGGAAAAAGCAAAGAACGCACCAAAACCAGAGUGUUACGUAAGAAGGUGUUAAACGUCAAACGGUCAGCUCGCCCACCAACAAAAAAAUCCGAGAGCUCUCCCAAAAACCGGCAGAAACCGGGAGUUGUCCAUUCAGGAAAGCAAAAAGCGGGAGAUCGUAAGAAAACGGUGACGGUGGACGGGUGAGCUAUUUGAGUGAGAUUGUGAUUCUUUCCACCGUGACGUCACGUGCGGCCAUCAUCGUGUGCGUUUGAGUUGAGGGUUUGAAGAGACGACGGUCGCUUUACAAUGGCCACCGCUACCGGGCAUCGGAUGGAGUCGAACAGCGGGAUGGGACCGCGCAAGACCAUGAUCAUCAUGGUGACGGUCGUCGGGUGCGUCGCCAUACUCUGGCCCAAGGUUUUCUAUCCCAUGAUGGUUGGCAAUGGGCAGAACAAAAAUGUCAUCAAGGACCAUCGAGGAGCCGGUUGUUGCGGUGUCGUUUUGGACCAGGAAACGUUCGCCAAUGCAUCGAUCAGCUAUGCCGCCAGUCAGCAGCAACAGCAGCAGGAGCAGAAUCUAUUCCGCAAGCGAAAUUUUGCACCUUAUGUCGACAUUGAUAGUAUACGACAGGAACGACCACCUCAUUUGCGGCCAGAAGCAAUGCAUCCUGCGAUGCGCGAACGUGGCCGGGCAAUUCCGCAAUCCGGCUCCAUACACGGCGGUGAACGUCCCCAGUCUGCUCCCAGAAUAGUGGAAGGCAGGCCCGGUCCCAUACCUGGUAUGCGCCCACCUAUGGGAGCUGGAUCACAUCAAGCAACAAAAUCAGCCAACUCAAUGGGUUUCAUAAUGCCACUCUAUACCAUCGGUAUAGUUUCAUUCUUCAUCUACACCAUCAUGAAACUAAUCUUCAAGAAGACACCGGCCACACCGUAUGCGGAGGUGAAGCCGGAUCCGGCAUUCCGCAACGAAGUGUUUACCACGGAGCAAUACAUUAAGCGACCGGACGACGGUACGACGAAACUAGACCAAUCACAUGUAACGGCAGCCACAAACGGUGAGCUCGUAGUACCGGUUGCCGUUUCGUCGGUCUCGGCCGAACCUUCUUCGGUGCAGUCUGAACUGUCGAUUGAUUACGAGCAGUUGUCCAAGCAGAAGGAAAUUGCAAAGCCCGAUGAGAGCAGUGCCGCCGAACAUGUCACAUUGGAGCACGAACCCGCGGUGCAGGAAAUCAUGGUGCAGGACGAUCAAAUUGAAUCCACUGAAACCGUGUCUGAGGAACGGGCAGAAGAAUUCUUUACCGAACAACAACUGGCUCACGAUCCCACUACCGAAAAGGUAGUCGAUGGAAUCGUUGUGAAAAAAGUUGCUGCAGUUGAAGAAUCCGCUGUGCCGGCUUCUCAGUCAUCUUUGGAGGACGGUGAGGAAUCGAAGAUCCAGGAAGAAAGUGUACUUAAAGCUGUUAAUGGAACGUCCAGUCCCGCAAAUGAUGAUAUUAUUGACUUGUCAAAACAACGGGAGAAUGAUCAAGUACAGCGUGAAUCUGAAGUUAACGAACCGGUAAUCGAAGAAAUAAUGCUAGUCAAACAAACGUCCAUGCAAUAUGCUACCAUUGCACCCAGUGACGAAGAUCAAACGAUCUCGGCAGAUGAACCAGACGUAGCUCAACAGAUGAAACAAGAAAUAACAUCAGCCGAUGAAACAACAAAUCUCGAAACGAAGGAAAACGGUCAGCAUGAAACUGUAACGGAAGUCUUAGCCGAGGAACUCGUGGAAUCAUUAACUGCAACUAUUAUGCAUGCCGCUGAGAAGGAUGAGGUGCAGGAACAUACACCAAUUCUCGAAAUAAACGAGGUUAGUGAAUUGUUGGUUGUACAAUCGUCUAGUGCAGCUGAAAACGAACCUCAGAUUCUUGAAGAAUCCGCUGCAAUUACAACUACCGAACAACCAUCAGAUCAAGCGGUACAUGAAACGUCUGAAAACACACCGAUCAAACCUAUUGAAUCAAUUAUGAAGGAAGAUUUAAUUGAAGUCUCCUAUCCGAAACAAGAAAUCGAACUAAUUCAGAACCCUUUGGUCCAAGACCCGAUUGAACCUGAAAGUACUAUGGCAGAAAUAACCAAGGAAAUUCAAGAAAUUAUAUCAGAGGACAUACCCCAAAGCGACGCAGUCUCGGCAGAAAUCGAGCUUAAGGAAAGUCAAGAAAUUAUAUCCGAGGACAUACCUCAAAACGACGCAGUCUCGGCCGAAAUCGAGCUCAAGGAAACUCGUGAUGAAACUAUUAAGGAACAGCAAAACGUACCACAGCUUGAACUAGAACCAACCGAUAAAGUGAUCGCUGAUGAUGCUAUCAAGGAACAGCAAAACGUACCACAGCUUGAACUAGAACAAACCGAUAAAGUGAUCGCUGAUGAUGCUAUCAAGGAACAGCAAAACGUACCACAGCUUGAACUAGAACAAACCGAUAAAGUGAUCGCUGAUGAUGCUAUUAAGGAACAGCAAAACGUACCACAACUUGAACUAGAACAAACCGCUAAAGUGAUCGAUCUAGCUACCGAGACAACGGAUUUGGUUCAUAAAACGGUAGAAGAUAUUACCCUUACUGCAGAACAAUUGGUGCAGGAAGUAUUGGAACACGCAGAGGAACUUGCGAAACAGCAAGACCAAUACCCAGGGUUGCCGGAGCAUGAUCCUGCAACGCAGAAGCUCGUAGACGGUAUUGUUGUGGAGCGAUUCGAUCAUCCAGAAACGGAGCAACCCGAAGAUACUGAUGCAAUUGUGUCGCAUGAAUUUUCUGAUGAGCAAGAAACUGUUACCCAAGAGCCGACAGUGGAGGAAAUGGAGCUUGCUGCCGCUAUCGAACAAACAUUGAUUGAGGAAGAUGCCGGAGAAAUGGACUCGAUCAGUGAAGACACAUCACUAAGUGUAGCAUCGGUAAUCGAGCAGCAACCGAAAGCAAAAGAAACCGAAGAAUCCAAUACCGUCCCCGAUGUGGUAUGUACUACAGAUGAGAAGACCGACAGCACUACUGGUGAUGUGACGUUUAUUGAAACGAAGAACCUCUCAGUCAAUGAAACGAUCCUGGCAACGGAAGUCGUUCAAGAACAAGUUGAUGUAAACGAGCCGGGAAACAAGUUUGGUGUAGCUGCAGUUGAUAGUAGCGAAACGGAUGUGGUGAUCGAAGAACAGCCUCUACCAAAGGUAUCGGAAGAGCAUGGAACAGUGUCGGAAGCUCUUAUUACGACAGAACUGCUAACCAGUACUUCAAGUGAACCCGUGUUUGUCGAACUAAACGAUCAGCCAACGGUGGAAGCCGAAACAGUGCUUGAAGAAACAAACAAGGUGAAUGGGGCGGGAAACCUAUCUGGUGCAGCUGCAGCUGAUAGCACCGAUAACAGGAGCGUUUCCAUUGAAGAAGUACAUGACGAAGCGGCCAUAGUCGAUGAGGUAGAAGGAAAGGAAACAAACGUGAACGCGGAUGAACCCGAAAAGGACGAAAAGGAAACAGCAGCAGAAGUUACCGCUGCGGAGGAAGAUCACGCAAAGGUAUCGAAUGGGCAUGCGAUCAAACCGGUGGAAAAUGCUGCCGAAAAUGAAUCGUCAGAAAAGGAAACGUCCGGUGGAGAAUCGUCCAGCGCUAAUAGUACACCGGAAAAGAAACCGAAAAAGCGAGACACCAGCACGGAACGUGGCACUGUUAAGGUUAUGGCAAUGGAGGUAACGGCACAGCGCGAAAAUGGAAAGCGUCUUAGUCGGCCAUCGACGCCACUGUUGCCGAUGGGAGGACAUUCAGAGUCGGCAAACGUUCCGACCGAAGAACACGAGACACGGUCGAUUGUUCUCGAUGGACGGUUACCGCACGAUUCGAAGAUUCUGGUGUCCGAUGCUGAAACGGCAGUGGAAAAACUCGAACCGGAAAACUCCGAAGAAGAGGAUGACGCACCCGUGAUAUUGAGUGGUAAAAUGACACUAUCCUUGAUCAACAUGGAUUUCAUCGAAAAAGAUGCAACCGGUACUGUUGCAGUCGGUGAAAUUGUAACGGAACUACACAAGCCUCAAGAGGAUCUUACGACCACAUCUGCAAAGGAUGCCGAAUAGGCGAGCGUUUCGUUCGAGAAACUGCAAAAAAGUAUAACGUAUAAUAAUAUAAGUAUAUUUUUCUAUUGCCGGAAAACUACAUCACUUUACCACUGUUGACAUUACUGGGAUGCGUCUAAAUGCGAAACAGUAGUGAGCCCAAAGUCAAUAAAAAAAAGCUAACUUUAAUAGCACACUUUUUAAAUUUUUGUUUAGAAAUUAGCGCAAUGUUGCUCAACAAGUGUUUUGGAUUCUAACCCGACGUAAGACUCUACAGAUGCCAAAUUAAAAGAAAACAAGAUUUAAACAAAACAACUAAUGCUCAAACGCACGUAAACUGUUGCUAGUAAACGCUCAUACGGGACAACCAGGUAGUAGCUGCUGUAGGUAUAAAUUAAGCAAACCUUCAGAUUAAUUCAUUUUCGAUAGGUUACCUUUGUAAUCGAGCGAUGAGUUUUCUAGCAAACAUUCAGUUGUUGGUUAGAUUAUGAUACUUUGUCAUAGUUUGUAACAAUGCUCGUAUACGUAUACGGGAUGUCAUUUAAUGCGAAAGUCUUUUCGGUAACUUCACGUUUAUGUUUGUUGUCUUGCUUAGGUUAUUCGUCUAAAUCGUACCGGAUGGAUAAUUUUGUAAUCCCACACUGUUCGACUGAAUGGAAUCGAUUCUGGCAACAAAAAAAAGAACAACAUAUUUAUUGUUCCGCAUAGUUUAGUUCAUCCAUAACCAUCAUCCAAGAUCGAUAACGAUAGCAAAAUAGUAGUGUGUAGAAAUGUAGCAGCAUAAUCAAACAUAACAGGAGUAACUAUAUCAUUCUACUUGGUUCUGUUUCAAUUAAUGGACAAUGAGCGAGCUCUGCCUGUGUGUACUGCGCAAGUUAUGUCCACAUUAUACUGCGUUAGCAAGAACUAUAACAUUGAAUGUAUGAAUUUAUUAUGAACGCAAAAUGCAAUAAAAUGAUUUAAAAUAAAUGCAAAUAAAGCAAAUGUGAACUUUU